UGCGCGAGUCUGACGUCACUUCCGCCAGCGACCCCCCUUCUCAACCCUGCACCCCUACACCUUAAAGGGUCAGAGCGACUCGCGGGGGUGUUUGCAGGUGCGCGCCUGCUCCCCGGGGCGCGGGGCUGCCAUGGCCCCCAGCCACCUGUCGGUGCGGGAGAUGAGGGAGGAUGAGAAGGCGCUGGUGCUGGAGAUGCUGAAGGCUGGUGUGAAGGACACGGAGAACCGAGUGGCCCUGCACGCCCUGACACGGCCGCCCACCCUGCUGCUCCUGGCGGCAGCCAGCAGCGGCCUGCGCUUCGUCCUGGCCUCCUUUGCUCUGGCCCUCCUCCUGCCUGUGCUCCUGGCCGUGGUGGCCCUGAAGCUGGGCCUGCGGGCCCGGUGGGGCUCGCUGCCUCCGCCGGGCGGCCUAGGGGGGCCCUGGGUGGCAGUGCGGGGCUCUGGGGAUGUGUGCGGGGUCCUGGCCCUGGCCCCGGGCUCCCACACUGGGGACGGGGGGAUGCUGGAGAGCUGUGGCUACCAGGCAGAGGGGGGCUGGGGCUGCAUGGGCUACACACUGGUGAGGGAGUUCAGCAAGGACCUGUGACUCCAACCUGAGCACCUACUGUGUGCGUGACCACCUACUGUGCGCGGGCACAUCCCCGUCCUCCCUGUGCGAAUCCCCAGCCCACCCAGGGCUCAGGGACUCAGGCCUGCAGAGGCUGAGACACGCCAGCCACUGCAGGCUGAGGCCCAUGUGUGGUGUGUGAACUCAGAGAGGGCGGCCUGCCCCGCCUCCGGCCUCCCUCUGCACUGAGAGACCUCCGGCCCGGUCUGGUCUCUCGCUGCAGGUCUGCACCUCCCGAGCUCCCGCCUGGCCUGGGAGCUACUCCCUCCAGGGAGGAGAGGGGGCUGAACAAGUUUGACGCCCAAGGGUUAGGACUCG